GCCAUUGCCAGGUGAACAAGAUGGCGGCCUCCAGUGCCAGAGUCGGUUCGUUUGAAACAAAUCCUGACACUUCGGUCGCUGGGAUUUUCGAUUCCAUGAAUUAUGGUCCAAACCCUGAAGCGUCUACCUCUGCACAGGCAUGGUUGGAGUCUCACAACCGCAGCCUGGGCCAUUUCAUCGACAACCAGUGGGUGAAGCCCACUGGGCGAGCCACCUACACCAGCAAGGCACCGGCCACUGGUGAAACCUUGGCCACCACGCUGCAAGGGGAAGAUGAAGACGUAGAGCUGGCUGUGACUGCAGCUUCUAGGGCUUAUACCUCUUGGAGUAAAAUGCCUGGCCACGUCAGGGCAAGGCACUUGUACAGCAUUGCCCGUCAUGUUCAGAAACACCAGCGCCUGAUCAGCGUGAUGGAGAGCCUGGACAACGGCAAGCCAAUCAGGGAGUCCCGCGACUGUGACAUCCCGCUGGUGGUUCGCCAUUUCUACCAUCACGCCGGCUGGGCAGAACUAAUGGACACAGAGAUGGGUAGUUGGAAAUCAGUUGGUGUCGUCGGCGCCAUCGUUCCUUGGAACUUCCCUCUGAUGCUGUUGACCUGGAAGGUCUGCCCGGCCCUGGCCAUGGGUAACACUGUGGUCCUCAAGCCAGCCACCUUCACCCGCCUCAGUGCCCUGCUCUUUGCCCAGAUCUGCGCCGAGGCCGGCCUACCCCCCGGCGUCUUCAACGUGGUCACGGGCAAUGGGGCCUUCGGGAGCAAGCUGGCUGUGCACCCGGCAGUGGACAAGGUGGCCUUUACCGGGUCCACAGAGGUUGGUCAGAUUUUGCGGAAGGCAACAGCUGGAACGGGCAAGAAGCUCUCCCUGGAGCUGGGAGGCAAGUCGCCCUUCAUCGUCUUUGACUCAGCUGAUCUGGACGCAGCCGUGGAAGGCGUGGUGGAUGCCAUAUGGUUCAACCAAGGAGAGGUGUGUAGUGCUGGAUCCCGUCUUCUGGUCCAAGAGACUGUGAAGAGCAAACUGUUGGACAAGCUGCGCGACCGCAUCAUGUCGCUGCGUCUUGGCGACUCCCUGGACAAGUCCAUCGAUGUGGGGGCUGUCGUGGAUCCCUCCCAGCGAGCCACCGUUGAGAAAUAUGUGGAGGAGGCCAGAGGUGAAGGGGCAGAGAUUAUUCAAAACACACAAUGUCUUCCGGCCAGUGGUUGCUUUUACCCACCGACCAUCAUCAACAAUGUGCAAACUUCAUCCAAGGUCGUCAUGGAAGAGAUUUUUGGGCCUGUUGUGGUGAUUCUGCCCUUCCGGACCGCUAAGGAGGCAGUGGCUUUGGGCAACAACACCCACUAUGGCCUGGCGGCCAGCGUCUGGACAGAGAGUGUCAGUCUGGGCCUGGAGGUGGCCCUGAGCCUGAAGGCUGGCAGCGUCUGGGUCAACGGCCACAACAUGUUUGAUGCAGCCAGCGGCUUCGGUGGUUACCGGCAGAGCGGGUAUGGACGAGAUGGCGGCAAGGAGGGCCUUUAUGAGUAUGUGAUUCCAACGUGGGCAGAGAGGGCGCGCCCAGGUGCGGUUGAGGUCAACUACAAGACAUUUGGGGGUCACAUCCCAGCAAUCGUGGGCACUGCAACUCCCAGCAAGAAUGAGAUUGUCGUGAAUGGCCAGAAUAUUCCAAGAGUUGAUCGUACUUACAAGAUGUACUAUGGAGGGGCCCAGAAGCGCCCCGAUGGGCAGUAUUCCCGUCAGAUUCUGAGCCCUGGCGGGGACGUCAUCGCCCAAGUUGGGGAUGGGAAUCGUAAAGACAUCCGGAAUGCAGUAGAUGCCGCCCACAAAGCGGCCCCUGGUUGGGGGAAGCGAGCUGCCCACAAUCGAGCUCAGAUUGUCUACUACAUGGCUGAGAACCUUGAGCUGCGACGCAAUGAGGUCGCCGGCGACCUCUGUCACAUGACCGGUCAGACCAUGGAGGAAGCCCUGAAGGAGGUUGAUUUAUCCAUCCAGAGGCUGUUUCACUGGGGUGCCUACGCCGACAAAUAUGGAGGCACUGUACAAGAAACCCUGCUGUACGGGGCUACAGUCAGGAUUAACGAGCCCGUUGGAGUAGUAGGAAUCACUUGCCCCGAUGAAUUCCCCCUGCUGGCCUUCGUCUCCCUCUUUGCCCCUGCUGUGAUCCGAGGGAACGCCAUCGUCAUCGUUCCCAGUGAGAAAUACCCAACAGUGGCCCUAGACUUCUACCAGGUGUUUGACACAUCGGACCUUCCGGGUGGUGUGGUCAACAUUAUCACUGGUAAUCGCGAUCACCUCACUAAAACCCUAGUGGAGCACCAGGACGUCCAGUCCCUGUGGUACUUUGGCUCGGCGGAGGGGUCCAAGUUCGUGGAGUGGUCCUCUGCCACCAACCUUAAGCGUACCUGGGUGAACUACGGGAAGGGUCGGGAUUGGUCGGACAAGUCCCAAGGGCAGGGAGAGGAAUUCCUCUAUCACGCAACACAGGUCAAAAAUAUCUGGAUACCGAUGGGGGAUAUAUUCGCCAAUUAAAAGCAGGUAGUCUAACUUUCCUGUAAUCCCAUAGAUUUGCACAAAAAUUGUGAAAACUUGGCCAUGUCCAAAAUCAAGUGGCUACGGCUUGGAGUAAUGCACAAGUGUAUGAGACGUGACAGCUGCCACUAGCUUGAGGCUUCCAUAAGAGUGUGUGCGUUGUGCUCAGCAACAGCCAACUAAAUUUGGGAAGUGACUUAUUGAGAUUUUCACACUCUAGAAGGAAAUGAUCAGAUAGCCAGGUAUAAACAAGACACAUGAUUCAUUUAUGGCAUUUCUAUGCUAAUCGGCAGCUCCAAAAAUAUCUGGAAAAGUAUUGUAUCAAGGGAAGAAAAAUCUCAUUGUUCAUCAUUUUUGUCAUUUGAGAUUAUGCAGUGUACACCUUGUUAACUGUUACAAAAAUGGCAACAAAUCUGCAUAAAUCAUCUAGAGGUAAUGUGACUUGAUCGGGGUGAAUUCUCUUAACAUUAUUUUGUGUGUCCAUAUACAGUGUGUGUAUUCUAUCUUUCUCCUUAAAGCGAGAAGUAUGAAGCUGAUUUCAUUUUAAAGGUUUGUAUUUUGGGGUAAAUUUUCUUUGGCAGGGAAGAAUGAGUAUCAUAGAAAAUUAGAUACAGUGUCUAUUAAAUGCAGGAUAUUAAAUACAGUACAGCCAACAGUACAACACUUGAUGGGCACAGUGUAAACAUGAGUUUUUGCAGUACCUUAUUGUGUUUGCAAAUAAAAUAAAAUUCAGUAACACCAAACAACUGUAGCAAUCCUGCAUUUUAUCUUUGAGAUUUACAUGUAGUUUGAGUUUUAAGUUUCAUUCAUGAUUAUUUUAAAGCAUGGAAGUACUUGAAUAGACACCACUGAGAAAUUACUUUCAUUUUAAAGACCAUGAUUUUACUUGGUUGGAAGUUGAUUUUGAUUUGGGGUUAGUUGGUAUUAUACGUCCUUCAUUCUGAUACAAAAGCUUAGUUUUUGUUAACAGUUUUUUUUUUUAAUAGUUAAGAAAUUACCUGAAAUUUUUGGGUUUGGGGAUUUUUCUGAAUAUGUUGUGUAUGCUAACAUGUUGUUUAUGUCAUUUCACACUUUCAAAAUGGUACAACAGCUUUUAUAAGGGCAAACCCGUUACAUAUAAUUAGCUUUUAUACCUACUGUCUUCCAAAGAUUUGUUCAUUCAAAGCCAACUGAGCCCCUGUUUUUAAAUUGAAAUGUUCAAUAGCUUCGCUGACUUUUUGCAGCUUUCCAGAAGUUUACAAUUAAGGGAUGACAGAUGUAUUAAUUCUUGUAAAAAAUUGCUUACCGCAAUAACCAAAACAGUGGCUGCGUCUGAAUCACUUGGCUGCAACUUGAAAUUACACAUGACUUAAUGGAAACCAACCACGGCCACUAACAUACAUGUAGCCUUGAGUGUAAUUUCUAGCCGCAGCCAAGUAAUUCGGACACGGCCAGCAAUCUCAAUUUCAAGCAGUGCUGUAGAGUUGCAUAGGUGUGGGUACCAGCUGUCUGCUAUCAACAACACGGCAGAUAAGCAAAAUGUAUGCAGCUGCCCAAGCGAGUGUUUUUUAUUUGUUAACUUCAAUUUUUCUUUUAAUACCCAACAAAUAACUACUAGUUACCAGAUUUGUACAAAUAACCAAAAAAAAAUUAAAAAGACCAACCUGUUAACAGGUUUAUUAGUCAGGCUAUUUUGGACAAUGAUUGUCAACAUAAUAUUGAUUUAAAAGAAAAGUUCUAUUUUACUAAAGAUGAGUACAUGCACGAGACAACUCAGUGAGAUUUUUGGUGAAUUGACUCCAAACUGUUCCUUACAUGCACUCCUCUGUCUGUCCCCAUCCUUUUGGAUGCCUUCCUCGUAGGUGUUCUCCCUUUUGGGAUAGUUUAAGAAAUUUCUUGAAAAAUCAUAUCUGUAUCAGCAACUCUGAAAAGCAGGAAAGAAGUGUAGUAGCUUGCUGGUGGGGGGGUGGGGAGUGGAGUCAUUUUGGGAUGGUGCUCCAUAUAAUCCUCAACUGUAGGCAUCGCAAAGGGGGGCAAAAUCUGGUCUACCCUCCCUGAAAAAAAUCUGAUAAUAGAGUACCGAAGUGUGACGUCACUAUGAACCAGAAAGUGCAGUGCAAACGAAUGGAGUACGUGCACGUUGGUUCACCCGCUGGUUCUCGCACUAAUGCCAUUUACACACUAACUGUUGUUGUGACAUAUUCACUUGGGUACUCUAUUACAAGGAAUGAGAAAAACAUAAGCAAAAAAAAUGGAAAAAAAGGGAGGAAAGGGGAUUGGGAUCUCUAAACUUCUUAAAACUGACCCCCUUCUAUCAAUUGUUUGCUGCUGAGUGAUCCCUUCCCCCUGCCCCCAGGAAAAUCUCCGGGGAGGCCAUGGAUGUAGCAGUCACUACGCCUAACAUACAUGUACCCAAUGUAUGCCCAUCUGCAUUGAUAAAACUGUUGUUGUAAAUCUAGAUAUUAGUAGCCUUGACUUAAAUUUUCAAACGUCAAUGGAGGAAGUACAGCGAGUCAGUUCAUUUAAACCCACUCAAUAUUUGACACAUAUUCGUUGGCAGGAUCUGUUUCAUGCAUCGAGAUCUGGCAUUAUCAUAGGCACUCGGGUCUGGGUUAAAAAAAAAAAA